AUGUCUGAAUCAGAGAAAAAAGAAAUCGUCACAACUACAAAUCCUGAGGAAUCAUCAGAAGUUACUGUUGCUACCGUAACUGCUCAAGAUGCUGAAAAGAUUGAAAAAGCUUUACAAGAUCCAACCAAGAAACGUAAAGCUGAAGAUGAAAUCAAAAUCGAUAUUAAUAGUUCAGUUCCAUUAUCUAAGAAACAAAAACGUAUGUUAAGAAGAGGUAAGAUUACAUUGGAAGAAUUAAAUGCUAAAUAUAAUAUUGAUGCAUCAUCUAUAUCAGAAUUUGAAAAAGAACAAAAAGAAGCAAAAGAACAAAAAAAAUUAAAGAAAAAUGGAGUUGAAGGUGAAGAAGAUGAUGAAGAUGAAGAUUCUGAAAAGAAGGCAAAAUUGAAAAAGGAAACAUUUGGUGUAUGGAUUGGUAAUUUAUCCUUUGAUACAACAAAGGAAGAUUUAAUUAGAUUCAUUAGAGCUAAGACUAAGACUAAUGAAGAUGAAGAAAGUCAAGUUGAUGAAAAAGAUAUCGUUAGAGUAAAAUUACCAUUAGCCUCUAAUGAAGGUAAGCAAAUUAAAAAUAAAGGUUUCUGUUAUAUGGAUUUUGAUACUGAAGCUAAAAUGCUUGCAGUUGUUAAAUUAUCUGAAAAUCAAUUAAAUGGUAGAAAUUUAUUAAUUAAAAAUUCUAAAAGUUUUGAAGGUAGACCUGAUAAAGAAGAUUUAGUUGCAUCUUCUAAAAAUCCACCAUCGAGAAUUUUAUUCGUUGGUAAUUUAUCAUUUGAUACAACAGAUGAUCAACUAAAAUCUCAUUUCCAACACUGUGGUGAUAUUACAAAGAUACGUAUGGCAACAUUUCAAGAUAGUGGUAAAUGUAAGGGUUUUGCAUUUGUUGAUUUCAAAGAAGAAGCUAGUGCAACAAAGGCUUUAAAAGACAAAUCAUGUAGAAAGCUGGCAUUGAGACCAAUUAGAAUGGAAUAUGGUGAAGAUAGAAGUAAGAGACAAGUUAGAAAGAGACCAGAACAACAACAAAAUGGACCAAGAGGUAGAAAACCAUUUGAUCUUCCAAAUGAACAAAAUACAACAACAAGAAAAUCACCACAAGAUUUUAAACCAAAGGAAAAGCCAGCAUAUAAGAAGAAAUCUAACUAUAACUCAAAGAUGGGUAACAACAACCGUUUAAAGAGUAGUAUAGCAUUGUCCUCUGCUCAAAGAGGUUCAGCUGCCAUUGUUCCAUCCCAAGGUAAAAAAAUGAAAUUUGACUGA